ACCACCAUGCCGACCGCAGUCUCUGCCCCAGGCAAGGUCUUUUUGGCAGGAGGCUAUCUCGUCCUCGAUCGUGCAUAUACCGCUCUAGUCUUUGCAUUGAGUGCCCGCGUCCAUGUUUUGGUGCACGACAUCGAUACCAGCCAGGGCGUGGACCUGGCGGAGAUUGUAGUCCAAAGUCCGCAGUUCCGGGACGCAACGUGGAAUCACGGCUAUCAUCUAGCUGGGGAUCAGGGUGGAGUUGUCGUCACUCAGCUGCAAGGUGGUUCACAAGCAGCCUCGUCUCGCAAUCCCUUCGUCGAGACAGCUCUCCUCUACGCCCUAACAUACAUCUCGUCCGUCCUCCCUUCAACGACCAUCAAACCAGCCAAAGUCACCAUCCUAGCCGACAACGACUACUACUCCAACACCUCCUCCACAACCCUCCCCUCCUACCCCAAAUUCUCAGACUUCGCCGUCCGCCUCCAAGACGCCCACAAAACCGGCCUCGGCUCUUCCGCCGCCCUCGUAACAGCCUUCACCGGCGCCCUCCUCACCCACUACCUCCCCUCCACCCUCUUCUCCCUCUCCACCCCCGAAGGCCGCUCCAAACUCCACAACCUCGCCCAGGUCGCCCACUGCGCCGCCCAGGGCAAAGUCGGUUCGGGCUUCGACAUCGCGACUGCGGUCUACGGCACGUGCGUCUACCGCCGCUUCUCGCCCUCCAUCCUCGCUAGUCUGGGCGAACCCGCCUCAGCCAAAUUCUCUGUCCGCGUCCAGCAUAUCGUGGAUGAUACCGACCCAUCCAUAAAAUGGGACACGGAAAUCUCCAAGAACGGCGUGACGAUCCCGGAAGGGAUGGCGCUCGUGAUGUGUGACGUGGACUGCGGUUCUCAAACCGUCAGCAUGGUAAAGAAGGUGCUUGAAUGGCGAAAAUCCGUCCCAGAAGAAGCAAAGGAACUCUGGGAUGAGUUGCAAGCUUGUAACGAUGUCCUGGCCGAGAAAUUGAGGAAGGGGUGUAUGGUUGAGCUUGGGGAGGCGUUUGUUGCGAUCCGGGCGCUGAUUAGGGACAUGACUGAAGCGUCGGGGGUGCCGAUUGAGCCGAAGGAGCAGACGGAGCUGUUGGAUGCGGUUACGAGGGAGGUGGAGGGGGUUGCGGGGGGUGUGGUGCCGGGGGCGGGGGGAUAUGAUGCUAUUGUGCUGUUGGUGAGGGAUGAUGAGGAGACGAUGGGGGGGAUUGAGGCGUUUUGUAGGAAGUGGAGUGAGGAGAAGAGGGGGAAUGUUAAGUUGUUGAAUGCGAGGGGGGAGUUGGAGGGGGCGAGGGUGGAGGAUGUUGUUGCUUAUAGCAAAGCAUGA